AGCUGGUACUGCACUCGCUGUUGGGCUCAUAUCCCUCCCCUGAUUACCAAUGGACUACACCUGGUCCCCAAACUGAAGGAGGUUCCUCUGCAGUGCAGGACAUGUCGGCUGACUCAACACCAAAAUAAGCUGUUUAAACCAAAAAGAAGGAUAGCAAAGUAUGAGGAGGAACUUUGUCCACCAAAAGAGGAGAAGGAGCGACAACAUCAACUACUGGACGCUGUUUUCAAGAAACAUCAAGUUGUGUUACACAGAACAGACGUCUGUGGAGAACAACGUCUGCCUGAAAAAAAGGAGAGUAGCUUCAGGAUGGUGAAGGAGGAUCCUUCAAAGAGGAAGACCAGGCGCCACGGACCCUCUGGCGUCUCCUUUUCCUCUUUGACACAGACCCUUCCCUGUAAAAAGGAAGAGGAAGACUCACUGACGCCCCACAUUAAAGAGGAAGAGGAGGAACACAACAUCAGUCCGGAGGGAGAUCAUCUUGAAGGACUGGAGGAGUUCCCAGUGACUGGUGUCCCUGUGAAGAGUGAAGAUGAUGAGGUGAAAGGUGAAAGUGAGGAGAGGGGAGGGGGGGAGCCUCCAAGCAGCAGCUCAACACAACACAUGACAACAGAAGCUGAUGGAGACCACUGUGGAGGAUCACAAGCAGACAAGCUCUUAGCUCCACUAUCAGAUAGUGAGGACACAACGUCACACUCUCCUGACACUGAUGAUGAAGACUCUAAAGAUGAUAAGACAUGUCACACUGACAACACUCACUUCACUUCUUCUCACUGUCACAAAACCUUUAAAUACCGUCGUAAUCUGAAAAGACACAUGAGAAUACACACUGGAGAAAAACCUUAUGUCUGUUCAAUCUGUGGUAAAGGUUUUGUUGAAAAGCAGAGUUUGAAAAAACACACAAUAUUACACACUGGUGAAAACCCUUUUAUCUGUUCAAUCUGUGGUAAAGGUUUUGUCGAAACUCACAAAUUGAAAGUACACAUGAGAACACACACCGGUGAAAAACCUUUUUCUUGUUCAAUCUGUGGCUUAUCUUUUUCAAGGAAGCAACAUUUGAAAGUACACAUGAGAACGCACACUGGCAAAAAACAUUUUUCCUGUUCAGUCUGUGGUAAGGAUUUUACAAAUGGUCACAAUUUGAAAGUACACAUGACAACGCACACUGGAGAAAAAUCUUUUAUCUGUUCAAUCUGUAGUAGAGGUUUUGUUCUAAGUAAAUAUUUGAAAGUACACAUGAGAAUGCACACUGGAGAAAAACCUUUUUCUUGUUCAAUCUGUAGCUUAUCUUUUUCAAGGAAGGAACAUUUGAAAGUACACAUGAGAACACACACUGGCAAAAAACCUUUUUCCUGUUCAACCUGUGGUAAAGGUUUUACACAAAGUCAGAGUUUGAAAAUACACAAGAGAACACACAUUGGAGAAAAACCUUUUUCUUGUUCAAUCUGCGGUAAAGGUUUUACACAAAGUCAGAGUUUGAAAGAACACAUGAAAAUACACAGUGUAGAAAAACCUUUUUCUUGUUCAAUUUGUUGUAAAGAUUUUUUAAAUCGACAGUCUGUAAAAGUACACAUGAGAACACACACUGGUGAAAAACCUGUUUCUUGUUCAAUCUGUGGUAAAUGUUUUACACAAAGUCAGGAUUUGAAAGUACACAUGAGAACACACACUGGCGAAAAACCUUUUUCCUGUUCAACCUGUGGUAAAGGUUUUACACAAAGUCAGUGUUUGAAAAGACACAUGAGAACACACACUGGUGAAAAACCUUUUUAAUGUUCAACCUGUGGUAAAGGUUUUACACAAAGUCAGUGUUUGAAAGUACACAUGAGAACACACACUGGUGAAAAACCUUUCUCCUGUUCAACCUGUGGUAAAUGCUUUGCACAAAGUCAACAUUUGAAAAGACACACUAGAACACACACUGGUGAAAAAUCACUUUCCUGUUCAAUCUGCUACAGAAAUUUUGGUGACCGAUCAAACUUUGAACACAUGAGAAGACACCCAGGAGAGAAAGUGUUGAGUUGCAGUGUGUGUGGUGAAAGAUUGUCUUCUAAGUAGCAGUGUAAGAAACACAAGUGUGCUGGUGAGAACAGCAGCAGCAAAUGAAACUGCAGGAUUUGAAAUAAACUGUCCAGACUUUCAUUUUGACUUUCUAACAUCAUCAGCACAACAUCAAUCAAGUACAUGCAUUAAUGUACUUUUAUUAAAUAUUGAACAAAAUAAUUUGACCGAAAAGGUGAGUGUAAACAGUACAAGACAUAUUUUACAUACAAAAAACAUUUUAUUUGUAUAUAUAUGCAUAAUACAAUUUUAAACUUAUUCAUAAUAGUUUUUUAUAGGCGUUUGAAAUAUUGAAGAAUUACAUUUUUUUUUAUUUUUAAUUGUUAACAAUCCCAUAGAUUAUCACCUUUAUAUGAUAUACAUAUGUACUGGUUCACAUCUGAAACAUCUUCUGGACCACUUCAGGAAGCAUAUUAUUUACUUUAUACAUCAUCUGAACAGUUGUCUUUUAUACAAUUUUAAAAUGUGUGUCUUUAUGAAUCAUUUGUUGGGUCUCUAUAAUCCAUUUUAUUAAUGAUCUUUAUUACUCUGCUUCACGGUGGCAGAGGGGUUAGUGCAUCUGCCUCACAAUACCAAGUUCCUGCAGUCCUGGGUUCAAAUCCAGGCUCGGGAUCUUUCUGUGUGGAGUUUGCAUGUUCUCCCCGUGAAUGCGUGGGUUCCCUCCGGGUACUCCGGCUUCCUCCCACCUCCAAAGACAUGCACCUGGGGAUAGGCCCCUCCCACCUCCAAAGACAUGCACCUGGGGAUAGGCCCCUCCCACCUCCAAAGACAUGCACCUGGGGAUAGGUUGAUUGGCAACACUAAAUGGUCCCUAGUGUGUGAAUGUGAGUGUGAAUGUUGUCUGUCUAUCUGUGUUGGCCCUGUGAUGAGGUGGCGACUUGUCCAGGGUGUACCCCGCCUUCCGCCCGAUCGUAGCUGAGAUAGGCGCCAGCACCCCCCGCAGCCCCGAAAGGGAAUAAGCGGUAGAAAAUGGAUGGAUGGAAUUACUGUCUUUUGUAAUAUGAUGAUUGUGUUGUGAUUGUUUUAUAUGUAUGUCCCCAGACCUUUAUGCAAUAUAAAAGUGAGAGAAAAUGGCUGAAUUGUUUGUGGAAGGAUGGUUUUGUUUUUACUUACAUUUGUGGAUAAAACAAAAACUCCUAUUAUUGUGUUUUAAACAUUUUUAUGGUUGUUUUUCUUUUUAACAUCCCCAAAACAAUAUCAAUAUCAAUCAAAGUUUGUCUUUUUAGGCAAAAGCCAAUAUUGUACAUCAUCCUACAUAGAUUUACUUUGCAUACAUUCAUAAAAUAAACAGUUUAUUUUGUUUCCCAAUCACAGAACGAACAAGUGUUGUCUUCAAUUGCAAUUCAAUAUCCUAAAAAUGAUUUUAAGUGGUCAAUUCCGGGGUUGUUUUUUUUCCAAAAUGAACCCCUUUGCCUUUGGAAGAAUGGAAACUUUCAAGUUCUAUUUUUUUUAAUAUACUAUUGAAGAAAUAGUAAAUAAUUACAAAAGAUGGUAUGCUGUAAUUAGAAUGUUUUUUACAAAAGCCUUUUAUUUUUAGUAAUUAUUUUUAUUUGCAGGUUAUAGUUAAUGAAAUCUUCAAUUCAUAAAAUACUUUUCUCAGUCAAUAAGUGCAUAAGCGACCAAAUGCCUUUUUCAAACCAUUGCUGUACAAAGAUGGAUUUGUUUCUCAUUUUAAUAUAAGAACAAUUCCAUAGUGGAGUAUUGUGUGUGAUGAAGUUGUGUUUGUAAAUUAGUUUCCAGUACAACAACACUACUCUAGCCUUGACUGGAGGGCAAAGCAGGUCUAAAUAGCAACCGGCUGAUUGACAGUCCAGGUGUGGCCAGGUGCCAAUCAGCCGCAUCUGAGGGGAAACAGCUCUCAGAGAGACAAGCAGGAAACUGAACCAAAAUAAGAGCGCUUACAGGAAAUAAAAACAAACACAGAGGACAAAACCUAACUAAACUGUCAGUGACAAAUUUGACACAUUUAUUAAAAAAACAAAACUUCUAUUUGUUAAUAUGAAGGUGAGAAUGUAACAAAGACCAGCAUAUGUUUAAUUGAACUGUUUACAAAAGUUUACAAUUCAGAAACUAUUGAUAGAAGUGUUUCAUGCUUGUAUAAGAAAUCAUAUUCAACUUUAUAUAUUAAAACAAAAUGGGAGAAGGAAGGAGGGAUAACUACAUCUGAGGAAGAAUGGACAAUAAAAUGGAGAUAUCAAUGGACUUGUAGCAGCUCACCCAAGUGGAGAGUUUGGCUGGGAAAGUUUUAUUCCACCUUCUCAGAAGUCUCAGUAUGAUAACAACUCCCCUGCCUGUUGGACAAAUUGUGGGAAUCUAAAGGCAAACCACUAGCAUGUUUUCUGGGACUGCUCUGCCAUAAAGGACUAUUGGAAAGAGAUACACCAAGCUCUACAGGAUAUUUUCAAAUCACCCCUUGAAAGUAACAUUCUGUUUUUCACACAUCGCACCUCAGGAUUGGCUGAAAAAAGAGAAAUACUUCAUGAAUAUCCUACUA